AUGUCUCUUCUUCCACGAAACCUCUUCCCGGGUAUCGCUCAUGCUUUCUCUUUACUCGACGAGCCUCUACUCACAGCAACUCGUCGUUUUCCUUCUGCAUUUCCUACCUUGGCACCUUCUACCAUCACCUCUCGCUAUAGCCCAUCCGUUGAUAUUUCCGAAACAGAUAAAGAUUAUGUCAUCGAAGCUGAAGUUCCUGGAAUGAAGAAAGAAGAUUUGUCGGUUGAAUUUCUCGACGACAACACAUUAAUGCUGAAAGGAAAAAUUGAAAGAAUUCGUGGUACCGCUCCUGAACAAGAACCACUUAGAAAAAUCAACGCUGGUCAAGAAGGUGCUGCCGCAGAAUCAACUGAAGUACAAACUAGAGGAGACGAAACAACUGAUAUCAGACAGCCUUAUUAUUGGUCAAACGAACGUGCAAUUGGAAGUUUCUCUAGGUCAUUCCAAUUCCCUGGUAAAAUUGACCCAACGAAGGUGAAGGCUGCUUAUAAAGAUGGAAUUUUGGCUAUCAGCGUUCCUAAAGUUGAGCCUCGCGGAACAAAAAUUAAUAUUGAAUAA